UUUUUUUUUUUUUUUUUUUUCCUUUUGCUUUCCCCUUUAGAAGUUGUUUCUUUGCGCCGGGAAUAUUGCUCAAUUGGCGACCAUGGAUCCAGUCGAACUCAAGAGCAUCGGUCAUGCCUCGCGGGAGGUGGAUGGAGGAAACUCAAGGAAGGACCGCGAUGCGGCCCAUCUCGCGCGGGUUGGAAAGCGUGCUGUACUGGGACGAAAUUUCGGUCUGAUGUCCAUUCUGGGUUUCAGCUGUACCAUUUUGUGUACCUGGGAAGCAAUCUUUCCAUCCUUCUUGCAAGCGUUUCAGAAUGGUGGUCCAGCCGGUGCAGUUUACGGCUAUAUCCUCGUCUGGAUCGGAACCGCGGGGAAUUUUCUGGUUUUGUCGGAGUUGGUUUCUAUGGCUCCGACCUCGGGCGGACAGUAUCACUGGUGCUCCAUGUUAGCGCCUCGCAGGUUCAUGAAACUUUCCAGCUACGUUACAGGGUGGAUGGCUGUUGUCGGAUGGCAGGCCACUUUUGCUUCUCUCUGUUACAUCGAUGGCACUUUGAUACAGGCAGCGGUAAUCUUGACGCAUAGCGAGUAUGUUCCAAAGAAGUGGCACACAUUACUCAUGUCUUGGGCCGUGCUUUGCUUUGCGCUCUUCGUCAACUCGGUUGGUAGAAAAGUGCUGCCGAAGUUCGAGGGUUUCGUUCUGAUUCUGCAUAUCGUCGGUUUCUUUGCCAUCUUGAUUCCGAUGGUCUAUCUCGGCGAUCACAAUUCAAAUGAGUGGGUCUUUAAGACUUGGAACAAUUACGGGAACUGGAGUACGCAGGGACUCUCUUUCUUCGUUGGUCUUCUGGGCCCGGUCGCUACCUUUGCAGGAGGUGAUGCCGCUAUUCACAUGGUCGAAGAGAUCGAGAACGCUACCAAACUAGUGCCCUGGUCCAUAAUGCUGAGCGUUCUGAUCAACGGCUCGCUGGGAUUCGGAAUGCUACUCGCCGCCUUGUACUGUGUCAGUGAUGUCGAAGCGGCCAUAAAUUCCGCCACUGGGUACCCCUUCGUUGAGAUUCUUCUCCAAGCCACAGGCUCCGUCAGCGGAACGGCUGUUCUACUUGCUGUCUCUAUCAUUCUUAAUAUCAGUGCCUGUACUGGUAUGCUGGCAGCUAGCUCCCGCCAGUUCUGGUCCUUCUCGCGUGACCGUGCUAUUCCCGGUUGGCGCAUUUGGAGUUACGUGUCAAAGAAGAAUCUCAUUCCUAUCUACUCCGUCGCCAUAACGUGCGUUAUUUCGGCGGUCCUCAAUUUGAUCCCACUUGGGUCCGCUGUUGCCUUCAACGAUCUGCUUGCCAUGUCCGUUACUGGUCUGUUCCUUUCGUACAUCAUCUGCACUGCCCAGCUCCUGUACCGCCGGAUCCGAGGCGAAGUCGGCCAGGCUACUGGCGGCGAUGAGGUCGUCAACACUGCUGGCGCUAAGUUGGUCUGGGGUCCCUUCUACAUCCCAGGUACCUUGGGCAUUAUCAACAACGCUUGGGCGCUUAUCUACAUGGUUGUCAUCGUAUUCUUCAGUUUCUGGCCGCCGGCCACACCAGUCACCGUUGAGACGAUGAACUUCAGUGUCGUUGGAACGAUGGGAACACUGAUUCUGAGUCUGUGCUACUACCUGGUGCGUGCCAGGAAAGUGUAUGAAGGCCCGAUCAUCGAAGUCCAGAAGAAUUGGUAGGCGUACUUUUCUCUGGAACGUUUAUUAUUUCGCACGCUUAUUGAUUGAUAUUAUUAUACUGCGUUCAUAUCUUUUAAAUCUGGCGGCAUUAAUCUGUCACAUUUCUGCCUAACAGUACUGUCCUCCAUUACAAGAUAAUUAUGUAGCUUAGAAUUUUUAUAAUAUUUAUACAAGAUAUAAUUAGUUUUUUC